AUGAUUCCUGAGCGACUGCAUCAGGACUGCAAAGGGCUUGUCCUGCUGGGAGUUCUCCUGGGGAUUCUGUGGGAAACCGGAUGCACCCAAAUUCACUAUUCAGUUCCUGAGGAGCUGGAGAAAGGCUCUAGGGUGGGAAACAUCGCCAAGGACCUGGGGUUGGAGCCCCAGGAACUAGAAGAGCGUGGAGUCCGUAUAGUCUCCAGAGGUAGGACUCAACUUUUUGCUCUGAACCUUCGAAGCGGCAGCCUAAUCUCCGCAGGCAGGAUAGACCGGGAAGAGCUCUGUAUGGGCGUCUUAGAGUGUCAAUUAAAUCUGGAGAUUCUGUUGGAGGAUAAAGUAAAAAUAUACGGGGUAGUAGUAGAAGUGAGAGACAUUAACGAUAAUGCCCCCUAUUUCCGGGAAGAUGAAUUAGAAAUAAAAGUGAGUGAAAACGCAGCCACUGGGUUGCGGUUCCCUCUUCCCCACGCUUGGGAUCCGGAUAUCGGGAAGAACUCUCUCCAGAGCUAUGAACUCAGUAGUAAUACUCACUUCUCCCUGGACGUGCAAAGCGGAGCGGAUGGUAACAAGUACCCAGAAUUGGUUUUGGAGCGCGCCUUGGACCGGGAGCAGAAGGCUGUUCAUCACCUUGUUCUCACCGCCUCCGACGGGGGUGACCCAGUCCGCACAGGCACCACGCGCAUCCGUGUGAUGGUAGUUGAUGUGAAUGACAACGCACCAGUAUUUGCUCAGUCUGAGUACCGCGUGAGCGUUCCAGAGAAUGUGGCCGUAGGCACUAAGCUGCUUCUGGUAAGUGCCACCGACCCUGACGAAGGAGCCAAUGCGGAAGUGAUGUAUUCCUUCCGUUAUGUGGACAACAAGGCAGCCCAAAUUUUCAAACUAGAUGCUAAUUUAGGGACAAUUUCAACAAUAGGGGAGCUGAACCACGAGGAAUCAGAAUUCUACGAGAUGGAAGUGCAAGCAGUUGAUAACGCAGGGUAUUCUGCACGAGCCAAAGUCUUGAUCACAGUAUUGGAUGUGAAUGAUAAUGCCCCUGAAGUAGUUGUCACCUCUCUCUCCAGCUCCAUUCUGGAAAACUCUCCCAGAGGGACAUUAAUUGCCCUUUUAAAUGUAAAUGAUCAAGACUCUGGGGAAAAUGGACAAGUGAUCUGUUUCAUCCGAGGGAAUCUGCCAUUUACAUUAGAAAAGUCUUAUGGAAAUUACUAUAGUUUAGUGACAGACACACUCCUAGACCGGGAACAGGUUCCUAGCUACAACAUCACGGUGACCACCAGUGACAGAGGAAGUCCACCCCUGUCCACGGAAACUCAUAUCUCACUGAAAGUAGCAGACACCAACGACAACCCGCCCGCCUUCUCUGAUGCUUUCUACUCCGCCUAUAUCGUGGAGAACAACCCUAGAGGAGCCUCCCUAAUGUCCGUGACCGCCUGUGACCCCGACUAUGGAGUGAACGCCCAGGUCACUUACUCAUUGGCUGAGGACAGCCUUCCCGGACCACCCAUAUCCUCCUACAUCUCCAUCAACUCCAACACUGGCGUUCUGUAUGCGCUGCGUUCCUUCGACUAUGAGCAGUUCCAAGACUUGCAUCUGCAAGUGAUAGCGCAGGACAGCGGUGACCCUCCGCUCAGCAGCAACGUGUCUCUGAACCUGUUCGUGGUGGACCAAAAUGACAACGCGCCAGAGAUCCUGUACCCCGCCCUCCCCACCGACGGUUCCACAGGCGUGGAGCUGGCCCCCCGCUCCGCAGAGCCUGGCUACCUGGUCACCAAGGUGGUGGCGGUGGACAGAGACUCG